AUUGCAGCCACUUCUUUCUUAAUUAUCUCUUUGCAGGGCUCCAUUGUCCCAGAGAUUCCUGAGGUAUGCCACAUAAUCCAGUUUCUCAGGCCAUGCAGACACAGAACAUGGGUCAGAGUGGUAUUAAUGAGCAGUGUAAUUUCCAGUAUAUACUUCCCAGCCUCACUGAAUCACCGCUGGUGAGAGGGGAAGCUCCGCACCCACAGGCCGGCAAGGACUAGCACACACUGCUGAACGGAAGCAGAGAGACUACACAAAGGAAAAGUGGCCAUGGACCUGAUCCCAAGCUUUUCCAUGGAAACCUGGCUUCUCCUGGCUACCAGCCUGGUCCUCCUUUAUCUAUAUGGGACCUCCACACAUGGACUUUUUAAGAAGCUGGGAAUUCCUGGGCCAAAACCUCUGCCUUUUGUGGGAACUGCUCUGGCCUACCGUAAGGGUGUUUCUGUUUUUGACAUGGAAUGUUUUAGAAAGUAUGGAAGAACAUGGGGGUUUUAUGAUGGGCGACAGCCUGUGUUGGCUAUCACGGAUCCGGAUAUGAUCAAAACAGUACUAGUGAAAGAAUGUUACUCUGUCUUCACAAACCGGCGGGCUUUUGGUCCAGUGGGAUUUAUGAAAAGUGCACUCUCUUUGUCUGAGGAUGAAGAAUGGAAGAGGAUGCGAACAUUGUUGUCUCCUACUUUCACUAGUGGAAAGCUCAAGGAGAUGUUUUCUAUCAUUGGCCAAUAUGGAGAUGUGUUGGUGAAGAAUGUGAGGAAGGAGGCUGAGAAAGGCAAGCCUAUCAACUUGAAAGACAUCUUUGGGGCCUACAGCAUGGAUGUGAUUACCAGCACAUCGUUUGGAGUGAACAUUGAUUCCCUCAACAACCCACAGGAUCCCUUCGUGGAAAAUACUAAGAAGCUCUUAAAAUUUGAUUUCCUUGAUCCAUUAUUCUUCUCAAUAAUACUGUUUCCAUUCCUUACCCCAGUUUUUGAAAUGCUAAAUAUCUGGCUAUUUCCAAAAAGAGUUACUGAUUUUUUCAAGAAAUCUGUAGAAAGGAUAAAGGAAAGUCGCCUCAAAGAUAAACAAAAGCACCGAGUGGACUUUCUUCAGCUGAUGAUUAACUCCCAGAAUUCCAAAGAAAUGGACACCCCUAAAGGAUUCCAAAUCUCAAUGUAUCAAAAUCUGUUUCUUUCCUUCCAGGCACCACCCACUUAUGAUGCCCUUGUACAGAUGGAGUAUCUGGACAUGGUGUUGAAUGAAACUCUCAGAUUAUACACAAUCGGUGGUAGACUUGAGAGGAUUUGUAAGAAAGAUGUGGAAAUCAGUGGUGUGUUUAUUCCCAAAGGGACAGUGGUGAUGGUGCCAGUCUUUACUAUUCACCGAGACCAGGAUCUCUGGCCAGAGCCUGAGGAGUUCCGUCCUGAAAGGUUCAGUAAGAAGAACAAGGACAGCAUAAAUCCUUAUACAUAUCUGCCUUUUGGAACUGGACCCCGAAACUGCAUUGGGAUGAGAUUUGCGAUCAUGAACAUGAAACUAGCCCUUGUCAGAGUCCUGCAGAACUUCUCCUUCAAACCUUGUAAAGAAACACAGAUCCCCAUGAAAUUAAGCAUUCAAGGGUUAAUUCAACCAGAAAAACCCAUUGUUCUCAAGGUUGAGCCAAGAGAUGGCAGUGUGAGUGGAGCCUGACUUUCCCAUUGGGCCUCCCCUUUGUUCUUCAAGAAGCCGUAUCCCAGAUCAUCAGAGACCUCAAUUUCCUUUGUGAGUAAAACCCAGAAAUGAAGGUGGCCUGCAUCUACUGCCCGUGACAAAUGACUAGGGCUUCCAUACCUUCAUUUAGCCUUUUUGGUGUCUGUGUGGAGCAUUCUGUAUUGUGGAGAGUGAAGGAGGUGAUCAAUAAGUGCCAGAGAUAUAGACUCAGCCUGUCUGGUUCACACAGACUACCCCCAGUUAGUACCAUCUGUUCCCCUGAUCAAGAAUAAAACUUUCUCAACAAUUUUAU